UCAUUCACUCAGCUUUGUUGUGUUCUCGGAAUUUCGCCGACAUUCGACAUGAGCAGCGAUUCCGAUGUAUUGGACAUAGUGGCCGGCAGUGAGGGUCCGCCCUUACAAGCCUUUCGCAACAGCAAUCCCUUCGAGGAGCCCGACCAAAAGUCCUCCUGCCAGCAAGACCUUGAGCGGGAUCGGGACGCCAAUGUGACUCCAUUGCACAUGCUGCGGCGGGCCAGCGAAACGGUGACCGCCAGCAUCCUGGAGCCGGAAAAGGAGCACCUGCUUGGCCAGAAGCCACAGGCGCCUCCGCGUGCCCAUGGAUCCAACGCGCCAAGCGCCUCCGAAGCAAAGCGCAGCAGACAGCAGCCGUAUCAGUGGCAGCUGCAACAGCAACAGCAGCAGUACAAAAGCAGCAGCAGCAGCAGCAGCAGGGCACAGGCGCCAGGUGACAACAUGACACAAGGAGCCGCGCCGCAGGACUCGCAGGGCGACAUCCUGCCCACCCGCCCGCUGCAUACCAAAUUAGACAUACAGAAAAUCCCGGAGGAUGAGGCGGGCGCAGACGCCGCACAAAGCGCUGCAACAAUAAUUUUAACGCCGACAUCAUUAAAUUUAACAAAUACAACACAGAAUGUGGCCGCCAACAAUGCGGGCAACUCCAACUCCAACUCCAACUCCAGCUUUGGCCCAGGAUCCGCGGCCGGCUACCCAGCUGCGAACCCAACUCCGGGCGGAGUCCGUGGCGACGAGUACAAAGGGCCCAAGUGGUGGCUGUACAUCCGUUCGCAUUGGGUGAACACUUCCGAGCUGGUGGCCCUGCUGGCCAUUUUCCUGGGCCUCUGGGCCAUGGCCUGGGUGCUGCUGCCGGAGUACUCCCAACCACCGACCGCCAUCAUGCGCAUUGCAUUCCUCUUCGUGGGCGCCCAGAUCGCCGGCAUCCUGGUCACCUUUGUCCACCUGCCCGACAUGCUGGGCAUGCUGUUCUUCGGCGUACUGUACGCCAACCUGGGCCUGGCCAACUUCGAGGGCUACCAGAAGUUCGAGCUGUUCCUCAGGGAGAUGGCCCUGAUCAACAUCAUGCUGCUGGCUGGCCUCGGGCUGGACGGAGACGCCUUCAAGCGGCUGUGGUUCAUGAUACUCCGCUUGACCCUUCUGCCCACAAUUGUGGAGGUGGCGGCCAUCGCCGGACUGGCCAACCUGACACUCUCGAUGCCCUGGCUGUGGGGCAUCGCCCUGGGCCUGGUCAUCACCGCCGUGUCCCCCAACGUGGUCGUCACCGUGAUGCUGAAGCUGAAGGAGGAUCGACUCGGGCUGAACAGCGGCAUCCACACGCUCAUCUACGCCAUGACCACGUGCAACGAUGUGGUAGCCAUCUUCAUGUUUGGCGUGAUAAUCAGCGUAAUAUUCUCAACGACCUCGCUCACCCAGCAAGUGCUGCAGGGCCCCAUUGGCAUCGGGAUUGGACUCGUUUUUGGCUAUCUCUACGGCUCGCUGCUCCAGUACUUGCCGUCCCGGAGCGCGACGUACGCAAAUGGCCUCCGCUUCGUCCUCACCGUCUUGGGCGGCACCAUCGCCGUGAUGGGCAGCCGCGUCAUCGGCUAUACCUCGGCCGGAGCCCUGGGUUGUGUAACGACCGCCUUUAUUGCGAGGAUUGGCUGGCGGCGGGAGGAGGCCAGGCUGACGGCCCAGCAGCUGCAGGCCCAGCAAACUGCGAGUGUGCCCAAGCGACUGGACCUCAUGUGGAAGUUCCUCAAGCCCGUCUCGUUUGCGCUCAUCGGCAAGGAAAUUAAUUUCAACGUGCUGCAGGGCCAUGUAAUCGGUUAUGGCGCAUUGUUGGUGCUCGUCGGAAGUUUGUUUCGCCUGGCUUUUGCAUAUUUAUCCACAUAUGGCGGAAAUCUGUCGAGAAAGGAACGUGCCUACAUUACAAUUUCCGGUUUUCCCAAAGCAACUGUCCAAGCCGCCUUGGGUCCAGUGGCCUUGGACAUGGCACGCGCGGCCAGCGUGGCCAGUGCGGAGCAGCUUGCUCUGGCCGGGAAUGUGCUCAUCAUCUCGGUGCUGGCGAUUAUAUUCACCGCCCCGCUGGGCGCCAUUCUCAUGCUGCGGCUAGCGCCCUAUUGGCUCAAACACGGCGAUGCAGUGGAGGCGGCGGACUCCCCGGCCACGCCCACCGCCCCGGCGCUGGGCAGCAAGAAUUCCUCGAAGGGGACAUAGCUUCGGGUUGAUCUGAGGCCGAAACUUUUAAUCCAUGCCGUACUUAGGCAGCCAUUCCAGACGUACUUAUACUUACGUGUACUUGGGUAUUACGCUGUUCAAAUAAAAGUAAAUGCGAAAAGUUAGCACGCAUAUUUUGCUCGCA